CGCUAUAUAAACGUGCGUAUUGCACAGGACUUCAGUGCGGGAGGCAGCUCUUGGUGAAAGAGACAGUGACGAAGAUGUUACUGACAACGCUGUUUUUAGCAGGCAUCAUUGUUGCUGCAGGCGGUUGGAGAACUGUGCACAAGAUGAUACCAGAAAUUGUCGACGCCAUGGAGACCAAUACCGAGGCCGAGAAGACCUUCAACGAAGGCAAUAAAGCUGAAGUCAUCCUCGCGCGAGAAAGGGCGAGACUGAGCGAGAGAAUCGCAAGUAAAUGUGACAGGAAGCUGAAAUACCGGCCGCUAGAUGGCGUGUGCAACAAUAUUAAGAAUCCAAACUGGGGAGCGCCAUUACAAGCAUUCAGGAGAAUCCUUGACCCCAAAUAUGACGAUGAUAAUGGUAGCCCUCGGUUGUUCGGAGGUAACACAGAGCCCCUCCCUAGCGCCCGGGAGGUCAGCGUGGAGUGUUUCAACCUCGACAGUACGAGUACGCAGGACAGGAUGUUCAGUCAGAUGAUGAUGCAGUGGGGUCAGUUCCUGGACCACGACCUCACGGCGACGCCGAAGACUGACGCCAAAAGCUGUUGCAGCGGAAUGGCAUUGAACGGUGUUCACAGCGACUCUCUCUGA